UAAUCUUUUGUGCUUUGAAUUCUGAUUUAUAAACAAUACUUUUUAUUUAUAUACUUUAUUUUGACAAUUUCCUUUGCAUUUUGUUUAUAAAUCCAAAAGAACUCAUUCCAACUCAACUCUUCCUUUUAGAAAUGUUCACUUAGCUCCUCUGAGCUGUGACUAUUUCCUAUGAUUUUGACAGAAAGGGGUUCAGACUAAAUGUCCUUUUGUACAUUAACAUUGUUUUGUUUUCCAAGUUGUAAAACAUCUGAGAGCAAAAAGUUCGCUUCAUAAUAUCUCUGAGGACUGCAUGCUAAGGAGAUUUGUAUUUAGCAUCAGUUAGGUACAAACCUUGACAAUAUUGUAAUUUCACUAGAUAAAGUGAUCUAAUGUCACACAUCGUUUUCCCUGUCAAUAUCUUAACAAAAGGUGCCUGUGACAAUAUUGAUUUCAUUUUGGCUUUAAAAAUGUGGCCUCUUAUAUUAUUGCCACAUUUAAAAUAUUGCAAACAAAGUAAAAUAAUGAGGAGUCAUUUCAGUUACGUAAUGGGAAUUGUCAAUUAAGAUAUUAAUAAUGGUCUUUCUUCCUCCAACAGUCAGGAUAUCUAUUAAACCAUGUCUAAUGAAACAAUAAUCUCGGAUUUCCUACUGCUGGGGUUUUCGGAGCAACGAGAGUUUCAGAUUUUGCACUUUGCAGCCUUUGCAGCAAUGUACCUGGCUGUCCUUAUGGGGAAUCUUCUCAUCAUCAUCGUGGUAGCUCUUAAUACCCACCUUCAGACUCCAAUGUAUUUCUUCCUUGUCAACUUGUCCAUCAGUGACCUUGGAUCCACUUCUGUCACCAUCCCCAGAUCAAUGACCAAUGCCUUCAUGAAUACAACGUGGAUUUCAUACUCUGAAUGUCUAACACAAAUGCUUUUCUUUCUCUUCUUUAUGUCAACUGAUAUUUUCCUUCUCACUGUCAUGGCUUAUGACAGAUAUGUUGCCAUCUGCCACCCGUUGCACUAUGCCUCGCUGAUGAAGUGGGGGAUCUGUGCACACCUUGCAGUUGGGGCAUGGAUAGCAGGCUUACUCAAUGCUGCUUUGCACACUGGCACCAUUUUUUCACUGCCUUUCUGUUCAAAUGUCAUCCAUCAGUUCUUCUGUGAAAUCCCACACCUUAUGAAGAUCUCCUGCUUUGAUCCACAUUUCAGUGAAGUUUGGGUGCUCCUCUUUAGUAUAAUAGUAGGCCUUGGAUGCUUUGUGUUCAUUGUUGUGUCCUAUGUGCAAAUCUUUACUGCAGUAUUCAAAAUGUCUUCCAUGGCAAACAGGCAAAAGGCUUUCUCUACAUGCAUUCCACAUCUCAUUGUUGUUUCCCUGUUGAUCGGCACUGGUAUCUUUUCAUAUGUCAUACCAAGUUCCAGCUCUUCAUAUAAUUUUGAUGAAGUGCUUGCUGUGAUAUACUCUGUAUUACCACCAAUGAUGAACCCAAUCAUCUACAGCAUGAGGAAUAAGGAUAUCAAAGCUGCCUUGUGGAAAUUAUUAAAUUGGAGGUUACCAGACAAAAAUAGAAAUCUGAUCAACAAAGGGUUUUGGGGAUGUAGUAGCAAUCGCAAUGAGCAUCUCAGUACAAUCUGUAGAAGCUUAAAAGACAACAGACCAGACUGAUUAUUGGACAUCAUUAGAAGAAUGAAAAAUAAAAAUGCAAACAUUACAUGUCCAUUACACAUAGAUAUGGUGUGACCGCAGUUGGAACAAAUGUACAGUCCUAGCUUCUACAACUGAAAAAUUAUAAUGUAGAGCUAAAAAAGAAAAUGAUAUUCAGUACCUAUACAAAGAUAAUUUACAUGCUUAUUUCAUAAGCUGAACAACUGUGACCUGUCUCAUGUCAUAUUCUGUGCAUUAGUGAAUAUACAUCUUGGAUCUCAGAGGAAGUAACUUUUUUGUGUUGCAAAUGAAAUUUAAAUUUUAUCUCCUGGACUUUGAAAUGCUUUGUUCCCAUUGCCACAUGGCUAGAAGGAGGAUCUUCCCUGUAUAGAUAUCCCUCCACCUAAUCUCAGCUCAGAACAACACUAAGCACAUCUUGACAAAAUACAGGCCUGUGACUAACUUUAUCAUGUUUUUUUUCUCUUAUAUUAUAUUUAAUGAGGCUUCAAAAGCUUGCAACUUGUAUUUUAUGCAUUUUGGUUGUU